UGCCGAACGGGCGCACGGGCCCUCUCCCCGACGGCUUGAGAUGUGACCAAUAGGGGUGUCGAGUCAGGAUUGACAGGCCCAGCAUCCUGUCGGCAGGAAACAUGUGCCGCGCGGCCCGCCCCCUGCUCCGGGCCGCCAGCGCCCGCCAACACCCGGCCGCGGCAGCAGGGCCAAUGCGGCGCGGGGGGCGGGCUGCGGGGCGGGGAUUGUUUACGUCUCGUUCGGGAGCUGAAAGUAGGUCACGGCCGCCCGGCGGAACGCGGCGGCGGCGACAGAUCCUGUCCACCAUGGCCAGGCGUCCUCGCAGCAGCACAGCUUGGCAUUUUGUCCUGAGUGCAGCUCGCCGAGAUGCGGAUGCCCGGGCCGUGGCUCUGGCGGGGAGCGCUAACUGGGGCUACGACUCAGAUGGGCAGCACAGUGACUCUGACUCAGACCCUGAGUCCUCAGCCCUGCCGCCACCCAUCCCCAGCGCUGUGCCCGUGACCGGGGAGUCCUUCUGUGACUGUGACAGUCCGAGUGAGGCCUCCUUCUGCAACAGCCUGCACGCGGCACACCGGAGCAAGGACUGUCGCUGCGGCGAGGAAGAUGAGCAUUUUGACUGGGUGUGGGAUGACCUGAAUAAGUCUUCGGCCACCCUGCUGAGCUGUGACAACCGCAAGGUCAGCUUCCACACGGAGUACAGCUGCGGCACGGCGGCCAUCCGGGGCACCAAGGAGCUGGGGGAGGGCCAGCAUUUCUGGGAGAUCAAGAUGACCUCUCCCGUCUAUGGCACCGACAUGAUGGUGGGCAUCGGGACAUCAGACGUGGAUCUGGACAAGUAUCACCACACGUUCUGCAGCCUGCUCGGCAGGGACGAGGACAGCUGGGGCCUCUCGUAUACGGGGCUCCUCCACCACAAGGGCGACAAGAUGAGCUUCUCGUCGAGAUUCGGCCAGGGCUCCAUCAUUGGUGUGCACCUGGACACCUGGCACGGCACGCUGACCUUCUUCAAGAACAGGAAGUGCAUAGGCGUGGCGGCCACCAAGCUGCAGAACAAGAAGUUCUACCCGAUGGUGUGCUCCACCGCGGCCAAGAGCAGCAUGAAGGUGAUCCGCUCGUGCGCCAGCGUCACGUCCCUGCAGUUCCUGUGCUGCUACCGCCUGCGCCAGCUGCGGCCCAACUCCGGGGACACGCUGGAGGGUCUGCCCCUGCCGCCCGGCCUGAAGCAGGUGCUGCGCCACAAGCUGGGCUGGGUCCUGAGCAUGAGCUGUGGCCGCCACAAGCCCCCCGCGCCCUCGCCCAAGGCCAUGGCCGAUCCCGGCGGCCCUGAGACCCGGCGCUGCCAGAGGAAGCGCUGCCGAAGGACCUAACUCGUUUUCCAACGAAAACUGCUUUUCCGGGCCGAGGUGGUGCGUUCUCCGUCCCUCCCUUUUGGGCCACGCUCCAGGGCAGCAGACAGGACGGAGCUGAGGUCCGUCCCUCUGCCACCCGAGGCCGGGACAGGCCCUGCGCUCCUGAAAGCAGAACCGUCCGAGGGCACCUGCUUCCUGCGUUGGGUGUGGGGGCGGCCGUCCUGGCUCUUUGGGACCGACCGCGGGCCCGGGCGGCUGUCGUGGGCUGCGGAGGACACACAUCAGGGGCGGCACCGCGGCUGCCGCCAGCCGGGGCUCUUUCUUAACUUGCCUUUUGCAUGUCGCCAGCUGCUGCUUCUCCCGCCCCAGGCUGAAAUGACCCUAAUAAACUCGGCGUUUGGGCAA